ACACGGCUCGCGGCCGGAACUAAAGGCGACUCGGGAAGUGAGGUUGGCGGAGCCGCCCCUUGCGGAAAGGCGGCAGCUUCGGUGCGGAGCGGAGCGGGAUAGCGGCCGGGAUGGUGGGGGACGGCGAGGAGCAGGGCCCGCCGCACGGCCCGGAGCUGAAGCACAGGAGGAAGAGCCCCCGGUUCGCGGCCGAGUCCGAGCCCGACUCCGGUGUGGUGCCGGAAGGAGGAGAGAGGGUAUUCGGCACCCCGGGCAGCCUGACACGGCCCCCCAUCCGCGCCUACAGGGCGGCAGGUAAGUCAGGUGGUUCUUCGGCUUCCUUCCUUCCAGAGAGCCCAGCAAAGGAAGAAGUGGAUGACUAUGAUGUAACUGAACCCAAGAAUCCAUCAGAGGACCAGCCUAAUGUUUAUACACCACUGAAAGAAAGUAAGGCUGACUUCUUGGAGAAAACUCAAGAGCACCAUUCUACAAAACCACAGAGCAGAAGUAAAUUCCGAGAUAAGCCCAGCACGGGGAAGCAGUCACAGCCCUUGGCCAAAAAGGAUGGAUCCCAGAGUGGAUUUCCCAAGGGACGGACUUUGUUACUUGUUCUGAUAAUUUGUAUCUUGAUGUUUGCCAUCCUGUGGAUUAGAAUACGAAGCCUUCCAGAUGCAUCUUUGUCAAGUAGAAAUAUGCAGAUUCUCCAAGCGUUUCGGGCCCAGAUGAAGAAACUCAAAAAUACAUACCAAAGUCAGGAUCCCAAUCUAUGGAAAAGAACCCAUGUGUUCCUUGAGAAGCACCUGAAUACUUCCCACCCGCAUUUGGAGCCGGCCAUCUUACUAUUCACAGCGGGCCAAGAAGCUGAGAAAGCACUGAGGUGUCUCAGUGAUGAGAUUGCCAAUGCUUUUGCAUUCUCCCAGAAUGCAACUACAAUCAAAAUUAAUGGGGCAGACAAAGCCAUACUGGACAGUGACGUUGUUAAGCUGGAGGUGGAUGAUGAGCUCAGCUCGGGGUUCAGAGGAGGUAAGAAGGUAGCGGUGGUUCAUCGCUUUGAGUUACUGCCUGCAGGCUCCACCUUGAUCUUUUACAAGUACUGUGAUCAUGAAAAUGCGGCAUUUAAGGAUGUGGCUCUUCUGCUGACAGUUCUCCUGGAUGAGCAGUCGCUGAGGAGAAGCCUCACCUUGCAAGAAGUAGAGGAGAAGGUGCGGGAUUUCCUUUGGACCAAGUUCACUAGUUCAGAUGUUCCUAGUUCUUUUAACAGCAUAGAUACGGAUAAGCUGAGUGGAUUGUGGAGCCGUAUCUCUCAUCUUGUCUUGCCUGUUUGGCCCGAAAAAGGCCUCCCUAUGGAGGGGUGCACAUAACAGGUUUUAGAGUGGCCUUCGGAAAGGAGGAAGACAGAAAAUGUGUGAUGGCUGAACAGGGAAGAACUGCGGCUGUUGAGCUCAGACACACACAGUUUCUGUGCAAAGAAACUUCAUCAAGUGGCAGGGUUAGUUCUGCUGGAGAAGCCUGGGUCUCUGAACGGAACCUGCAGAAUGUAAGCAAAAAACUUGCUAGUUUUUGGUAAGUUGUCUUCAGUGACUUACUCAGGUUUGGUGUCUUGGAAUUAGAAGCAAGUGUGUGCCACUGCAGCACCACUCAUCUGCUUGUGAAGUUGUCCUGGUGCACUGCUGGCUUUGCUCUGAAGAUCCUUCUCUGCUGAUAGGUAAAGCUAGUAUCACAUGUGAUAAGGUAAUGAGACAAAAACAUUGCCUUCAUUGGACAGAAUUACCUUCUUUGCAAUACAUUAAUGAUGAUAAAGUGACAUGAAUCCAUGUAAUCACAGCAUAGGUUCCUCAAAUGAGCCUGCCCUGACCAGUCUGGGGAGUGAGAAAAGCUGAGGUACAAAGUAUUAGCUUGACGCUGGUAGUAGAUGUUAGAUGAUUCUUCAGUACCUCUUUGCAUCACCGCUUCAGAAGUUCUGCAAGUCUUACAAUUUGGAGAGGAUUAAAAAGAAAAAGUCUUACCACAUUUGUGCUUAAUGUUACAUCUCCUUUUCAAAUCAAACCUUAGGAAGACAAAACUAUUUCUCACCUUCAGGAGGUAAUUAUUUUUGCAUUAAGAGAAUGUAUUUAUUUGUGGUACCCUGUAAACUAGAACACAAACCUGUUUCUCAUGUGUCUGUGUCUAACCUGGUGCUUGCUGCAUAAGCUUUUAGUGAAGGGCAGAUUUGCAAUGCAUGGUUUUUAAAUACAUUUUUAUAGUGCCUCCUGCCAAGAAUCCAUCAUAGCAGACUAAAACCACGUGUCUUUCUGUUGUAAAUAUCUUUUGUAAAUGAAAAAAAGUAAAUUACAGCACUUCCAUUUCGUUGCUAUUAGUGUAUGCUGUUGAACCACUGGUCUAUGCUCUCAAUAAAUGAAUGUGUGAAUGCUGCUCUCAAAAUUAAUAGGUUGUUUUCUUGUAGCAGCUGAGAGCUUGGUGGUUCUUGGGCCCAUCCUUUACUCACAGGGCCCUUGAGCUGUCAUGUUGCCAAGGAGAACAUCUUGGUAGUGCUGGAGCUUCUGGCUUCUUAGUGCAAGCACAAAUUUAGGGUGCGGUGUGGAAUUGACCAAGAUCACCUUAAGUGUAUAAAAAAGUGCUGUUGGAGAGACACAGAGCUGUGGUUGCUUGAGCCAGUGGUGGAGUUGUGUUUACCACCGACAGCCAGCACUGGAUACCAGUUCUUCUUUUAAUAACAAAUAGAACCAGUAAAAAGACAUGGAGGUGCUGCUGUUCUAAAUGUUUAAGAGUAGCUCAGGAAGAAAAAGAUGGCAUUUAUGUUUUGAACAUUUCACUGGACAAAUGCUUUCUUCUUAAAUGGGGGGAGAAAACCCCAUAAGCUGUGACUUAUUUCUGAGUGUAUCCUGAUAGUCUAUCUGCUCUUAUGUUAUUGUGAACUAUUUUAGUAAUCAUUCAAAAUAAAUCUACUUGUUUUAUAAA